AUGCCUACCGUCGAGCUGCGUCUGCCUAAGGGCGUCUCGCACGUAUUCGACAUCGACGGCGACCGGCUUGUGCGCGAUGUAGGCUCAGUGAUUGCCGAGAAGCUGCCCAGCGAGAUCGUUACCACGGAGGAGAACACGGCUUUCGUGUUUGGGGAUUGCUCGAUGCCGUAUGCCGAGUUCUUCAAGGGUUUGACCAACAAUGAGGUGACUCUGGGAGAGCUCGGCGACUUUACGAUCCAGAUUGACGACGUGCCGCCAGGCUCGGUCGAGGUCACCGUGGUGGAGCAGGGUGGAGGCACGCGCACCGUGACCGUGCCCACACCGGGCAAGGUUGGUGCGCUGCAGGCGGCGCUCGGGCAGGCGUACGACGGGGACAUGUCGACCAUGACCCUCAUGAUGGAGGGCAAGUUCAAGGUCGUGGUCAACGUCGUCGAGAACAUGGACGAGGAGAUGCUCUCGCUGCUCUCGCGCGGCCUCGCCAACCUGCCGCCGAUGAUGCGGCCGGCGGCGGACCCGACUUUCGAGACGCUGAGCGUGCACCUGGCCCCAGGUGCGCGCACCAAGCCGACCACGGCCGGCGGGGGCGGCGGGGGCGGCGAGGGCGGCGAGGACGCCACCGGCGCCGGCGGCGGCGAGGGCGGCGGCGAGGACGGCCGCGUGCCGAUCUUCUCGCAGACCAACGAGUUUGCGCAAGAGUGCACGACCAAGACGCGCGCGGCGAUCCGCGAGGCGCAGUCCACCAACGAGGUGGACACGGUGCCGACGCCGCUGGAGCCGGCCCACUGGCUCCAAGGCUUGGCCGUCGCGGCCCGUGGUGCACCAGAGAGAGAGGUCGACACGUUGCCCCCGCCGGCGAGUCCGCGCGGCUCAGGCCGGCCAGAAGGCGAGCACGACGGCGACCAUUUCGAUCUGAUCGCGGGCUACAUCCCCGGCUCCGACGUCGUCCCGCACAGCCGCGUCGACCUCGACCAGCAGGCGAUGGAGGCAGCUCUGGCCGAGGCUGUGCCUGAUUUUGCGACGGCGAAGCAGUGGUACAGCGUCGGCGGCAACUCGAUCAAGUCGGGCAACACCAACCGCACCAUCAAGGGCUUCUCCACCGGCGCCCAGGGCAAGAUGUACGACAACUGCCCGGGCUGCCCGUACAAGACCUACGAGGCUUUCUACGGCUACUACGGAGACUUCGACUACGCGGACAGGCUGGUGAGCGCCGCCCUCGACGGCGCCGACAUGGCCUUCGCCAGCGGGCGGCACGGUCCGAACAACUUCGCGUCGCUCGGCCCCGCGGCUCGGAUCGAGGCGGCCAAGAAGGGGUCGGCGUACAUGAACGUGUGGAUGUACGUGAUCCGCGAGUUCGAGGACGCGAUCGACGACUGCACGAGCUGCACGGGGGACAACUGCAACGAGUUCUCGCUCAACGGCGGCUCGGUGCACGCCUGGGACGAGGGCGUCGCCUUCUACGCCGGCUCGCUCGAGGGCGCGUCGGGCAGCCCGUCCGGCAAGCUCGUGUGGCGGCUGGCGGAGAAGCGGUGCGCGAACUUCGGCACCUGCGGCCUGAACGGGGGCGAGACGUCGGGCACGUCGCAGAUCAACCACCUCCUGCUGGCGCAGUUCCAGGAGGGCGAGCGCCUCCUCCAGACCGGCCAGUGCGACCGCGUCCGCCCCGUCGUGGACGAGAUCAUCAGCCUGAUGACUGUGCCGCUCGUGCAGGGCUCCCUCCGCUACGCGUACAAGAUCGGCGAGCAGCCCGAGGAGCGGUCGCAGAAGAACGCGGCCGAGGGUGCCAUCUUCACGGCGGCCGUGCUGCCCCUCGUCCACGAGUGCGACGCCGCCGCCGCCGCGACCAUCAGCGCCGACAUGAAGUUCGGCCUGUUCGACCAGGGCGACCUCCCCGACUUCCAAGCCGUCAAGGCCGCCUUCGAGAGCACGUACGCCUGCCUCGGCAUCACGUGCGAGCACGUGGGCGGCCUCGUCGACGCGGACGGCGACCCGCUCCACGCCAUGACGGCGCCGUGCGACGACGGGCCCGCGUUCCCGCUCAUCGCGGGCUACAUCCCUGGCUCCGACGUCGUCCCGCACAGCCGCGUCGACCUCGACCAGCAGGCGAUGGAGGCAGCUCUGGCCGAGGCUGUGCCUGAUUUUGCGACGGCGAAGCAGUGGUACAGCGUCGGCGGCAACUCGAUCAAGUCGGGCAACACCAACCGCACCAUCAAGGGCUUCUCCACCGGCGCCCACCGCUCCACCAACAUCAAACCCCAAAUAGACUCCUGCCCGCUGGACGUGCCCUUCGCCGUCCAAAUGGGCUGCGCUAAACCGAGGUCGUUCGAUGUGCAGACUCGCUCGAUGAAGAGCGCACGCAGGCGCACAGCGACUGCGGGCGGGACGCGGCAAGGGUCUCUCUGA